AUGUCCGCUCUAUUCAACUUGAAAUCUCUUCUCCUAGUCUUCCUGCUUAUAAUAUGCACGAGCGCUUACGCCCACUCGAUCAUGCCCGGUAUCAUGGACCGAAACCAGAACGGCUUCUUCGGGAUAUUCUGGAAGUGUGCACGGAUAGGGGAACGACUGAGUCCGUAUGUUAGUAUAUGUUGUGUACUGAUGGCCGUGUCGAUCUUCUUCGGUGGUUGA